AUGGCUGCUGAUUUAGUAUGUAAGUCCUUGAAGAAAGGGUUGCCUACAAAAUUUCAGUUUGGGAUUGGUGGUGGUUUGUGAGUUGGUUACUUCCAUAUAAAGGGAAGGUGAGAGUUGUAUUGUGUGGUGAGGUUAAAACAAGAUGGGAGAGACGGCAGAUUCAGAGAAGAAAGAAAGCAUCAAAGUUGAUGAAGAUGAGCACAAAAAGGAAGAGAAAGUUAAAGACAAGAAGAAGGAGAAGAAGGACAAGGACAAGGAAGGUAAGGGUAGUGAAGAGAAGGAGAAGGAUAAUAAGGAGAAGAAGACAAAGAAUCCUGAAGACAAGAAUGACCCUGCAAAACUCAGGUCUAAGCUUGAAAAGCUUGAGACCAAAAUGCAAGCUCUGGCUCAGAAGAAACAGGAGAUUUUGAAUCUGCUCAAGCAAGUUGAAAACAACAAUACUCCAACUGAUUCUGCCUCUGCCUCUUGAGUGGAAUUAAUUUGU